CAGGGUGUGCUGCGGAUUAUGGGUCGACAAUGGACAGAAAACGACAAUCUAGGCUGUCAGUGAUCAACCCACAGACACAGACAAAGCCAGAUCCGCAGCGAUGAGCUCCUCCUUCCCAAAAUCCGAAUCCACAACCUCUUUACUGAAAUCAUCCUCGGCGAGGAGACCGACACACCUCCCUGAAAGCCGGAGAAGUCACCAUCAGCACCAGCACCAGCAUCACCACCGUCCCGCUGCUCUCCAGAGCGGUAGCACCGCCGAGGAGUCCUUCUGGACGGCUGAAUGCGACGUCAGUGCCCGGAGACCCCUGUGCCACCCGUCUCUCCUCAACAACCGGGGUAGUAAUACUAAUGCAACGACCCGGUGCAAGAGCAGAUCCCAUGCCCCUCACAGCCAAGUUCCCGACCCGUCUGAGCCUAACGGCGAGGCGAGCCGAGGUAUGAGGGAGCGCUGCAGGGCAUCCAAACCCACACACCGGCACCACCGCAGGAAGCCAAACCGGGAGGACCCACCGCCGGCAGGAUCCCCAGAACCGGAACAUCACCGUCGCUGCCACACACACACCCGCACAGUCCCGAGGGUCCCCUCUCUGUCGGACAGCAACGACGACACGGCGUCCUUCUUUGAGCCGAGGGACCGUAAGGGGGCCAGUUUGUCCAACAGCGGCGGUCAGGUCAGCAGCCCGUCCCCGUCCUCCUGCUCCCUGGUCCCGCUGUCCAGCAGGUCCUCUCGCCGCUCCCGGAGGUCCAGUGCGGCGUCCUCUGCGUCCGAUGUCAAUUUGCGCACCAUCCUCAAUUCACUCUUCGGGCAGGACAGAGAGCUGAGACCCGAGGAAAUGGAUGAGUUGCGGGACGCUUUCAAAGAGUUUGACAAGGACAAAGACGGUUUCAUUAGCUGUAAAGACCUGGGAAACUGUAUGAGAACCAUGGGAUACAUGCCCACUGAAAUGGAGCUGAUCGAGCUGAGCCAGCAGAUCAACAUGAACCUGGGAGGACAUGUUGAUUUUGAGGAUUUUGUCGAGUUAAUGGGCCCCAAACUACUUGCUGAAACUGCAGACAUGAUCGGAAUAAAGGAAUUAAAGGAUGCCUUCAAAGAGUUUGACACUAAUGGAGACGGUGCGAUAAGCACGUCUGAGCUGCGAGAGGCGAUGAGGAAGUUGUUGGGCCAACAGGUGGGUCACAAGGAUGUAGAAGAUAUCCUGAGGGACGUCGACUUGAAUGGGGACGGUCUUGUUGACUUUGAAGAGUUUGUACGAAUGAUGUCUCGCUAAGACGGAUAGCGUGGCUGAUCAUCAAAUUGUCAGUCCUGAAUGUGAAGGUUUGCCCUCUCUACACUCGACUUAGUGCCACAGAGGACAAGCUACGAUCUCUGAGCCAUCCACACCUGAAUGAUACUGGAAUCAUAACCCCUUGAAUUUUGUGGAGCGAGGAAUCACCUCACACUUUGUUUGAAAAAGUGUUCUUCCUGAAAAAGUCUCCAGUUCAACUGAGGCAGAAUUUGCUGUAGCCUAGCUGACGAUUGUCCAACUUAUCUUUUUUUGCACUUUAACUCUCACUAUAUAACUUACUGUAUGGGUAGAUUGUUGUUUUGUCUUGACGUGGCAUUACUGUGUGUCUCGUAGACCAUCUCCACUCUGAUGUACAGGGGGGUGAGGUUGAGUGAGUGAGUGUCUCUAGAUAAGACGUACAAGAUGCGUGCACUGUUGAGAAUUUGAGUUUGUUUUCACUCGUCAUGUGCAGACUUCUACCAACCAGCUCACUUUGUUUGCGUUAGAAAAUAUCCUUUUAUUGGAAUGUCUUUUGUGUCACAUCGUUGCUCCAGCAAGGAACCCAUGUGGCAAUAUCACACCUGUAUUGUGACUGUGUGACCAUCUGUGAUAUGUCACUGUGCUAACCCAGUCCCAGAGAAGCAUUGCUGUCUGAUGCCUAGGCCGUGAGAGAAGCAGAUCUCUGAGCUUAAAGGGAAACUGCACUCUAAAAUACCUUUCACAUGUGCCACUCCCAUGUUAAUGAGAUCAAGGGCAGUUCAAGCAAUAUUUGCAAAGAUGCACAAGUUUAUUUUAAGCUUGAAUCCAGAGGACCUUAUCGUCAGUAACCUGCUCUGCUUUCAGAUUGACAGGAUCAGCAUAAGAAUUACCCCUGAGAACUCCUCUUGCACUUUCAUAUGAGCAUUAGCUGAUUACCAGCCGCGCAUUAGAGUGUAAUGAAGGGCGUGUAUGCACAAUGCUGUUAAACUCAGCCGAGACCACGUAGUAACAGUAAUUGCCUGAAAUACCCAGUGCAGAUAAGAAUGUGCUCUGGUAGUGCUUUUUCUUUAUCUUGCGCUGUUUGAAAGCAUCAGCACUUCUACCAGCCACCUCUUUAAAACAGUCAAGGACCCAGAUGGUCAACUAGAUUUUUUCCUCAAACAUCUGAUCUGCUCUGGACUCAUAUGGUUGCAUUUUAUAAUGUAAAGCCCCUCCUCUCUCUGUUGUCAUUGCAAGACAUUUUCUCGAGCUGCUGCUUUGAUAAUGAAUAGAAGACUGACACGCAAUUGUUUGUGCCUACAUCAUCUUUAUUUCUCAUCUUUGUUUUCCUUACUGUUGUAAGCCAGAAAGUUACUCAGCCACCUCGGAUUCUGAUCAAAAAUCCAAAAUCUCCUUCCAAUUCAGUGUAAAUGGAGCAGCUCAGAUUGUUUUUAUGUGAUAUAAUACAGCAAAGAUUUGAAUGAUCACACUCAUGAGUCCAGCUUUAAGGAAGGCUAAUCUCUGCCCAAGAUCACACAGUGGGAAGGUCAUAUGUGAAAUGUGUUGAGAGCGGAUGUGAUGAUGCUGUACCUGUACUGUAUGUCAAUGUCAACAUGAUUGUCGUUGUGGUAAGGUUCCACAAACCUGUGUUGUCUAAGCAGUUUUUAUGCAUGCCAAAGAGAGACAUUUAUGAAAUUCAGAAUGCACAUUUGCAUUUUUUUGUCUUAUGAAGUAAACAAAAAUUCUUGCCAAGAUAACUGUAGAGAAAAAUAAAACAUGUUUACAUCGGAGCCCAUUUUUCUGUGGUGAAACUGUUGAAGAGAAAAUACAAGCACAUGUA